GCCGGCAAGUGGCGAAAUCUCGAUCCGCGGAUCGACGUGCGCUGCUUGGCAGCGCGAAGUCAGCCGCAGUUAACCGCGACCGACGACACCGUCCUGCCGUCCGCGCGCCAAAUUUACCAAUAACACGGCCGUCCGCCGAGGGACGACCCGAACAUGAUGAUCCUACGAGGAUAGCUCUCCUGCGCGCUACUGCUCCUAUAGCAACUCGGUUAGAGAGCGGGGCCGAAAUUGGGUUCGUGUUUACCAAAGGAUUUACGAGGCGAUAUUGUAAAUCUAGACAAUUUAGACAAUCCUGUAUAUAAACCAUGUACGAAACACGCGAGAGGAUGCUUUCUGCGUUAUUAUACUAUAAAAGAAUUGUAAGACAAAUAACGAGCACCUUGAUGCGAAGAAAUCCACAUUACGUGCUGAGCUACGUUUUUCUGGAAUAUUUGCACCGUAGACUCCAAAGAAUAUUCAAGCAAAUACUCAAGUGGGUCGCAUUGCCAGAUACAGCUUUCAAACGUAUAUUGAACGACCUGGAAGUUAGACCGAAUGAAUACGUCGAUCGUGACUCUUGUGCAGUGGCAAACGUACAGCUCUCGGGGAAAUCGCAGAGUUCCGCCUGGGUCAAUGUAGGCUCGAUGAUGUCAAUGGCGAAAUACAAAUUAAUGAUUAUAUCCGUACCGGAUAUCAGUGAGAACACUGUUCUCAUCUCUGAAAUGAUGGAGCACAAUCUGCGAAAUGCUCUUUGCUGCGAACAAUUGGACGACUCGUGUUUCAUACUGCCGUUGGAAGACGACGUGGUCGAAUUUGCGACUGAAAUGACAAUAUCCUUAAUUGGCAAUCCACAUGACUGCGUGAACGAAAUGUUGAACGUCUUGGUAAAAAAUUACUUUUUGCAUCCCCGAUUUUUGCACGUGAACGACGUAUUUAGGAUCGACGCGAAGGAACAUGCUCAGGAUCUAUUUUACUCGUCCGGUUCUCCGGGAAUCUCCGCGAAGUAUUUUACAGUUAGAGCCCUGAAAGUGAAUCACAACGGACAUAGCAAUAACAUAAAUAGUUGUUACGUUGUACUUGGAGAUACAACGUUCAUUCAGGAAACGCAAGUCUUAUACGAUUACAUCCCUCGGGAACGUAUUCACUCGCUUACCGACAGCACAUUUUUACGGCGGGAUGAAACGAUGCAAAGAUUGCUAAAUCACAAAUAUCCUUCAGCCCUAAUGGAACCCUUGGAAUAUUUGGAAUCUUGCAUUAUGCCAUUUUUAAAAAAGGAUCUUGCAGACGUCCAGUUAAAUGUAAGACCGGUAUUUCUUGUGAAAGGACCACGGGGAUGCGGUAAACACGAAUUAGUGCGAGCAGCAUCCAAAAGACUGGGAUUAAACUUUCUCGAUGAUGACUUCGUGGAGGUGCAGACUUUAACGUCGGCGCACACCGAAAUUAAGCUUCGCGCAAUGCUUGCAAAUGCAGAACGUUGCGUACCAUGUAUAUUGUAUUUAAAUAAUAUUCAAGUAUUCGGUAAAAAUGCUGAGGGUCAAAAGGACGAAAGGGUCAUUUCCGUCUUUUCAACAGAGAUCACUGCGUUAUACAACAAACGCCGGAAAUUCCCUGUGAUUAUCGUAGCUGCAUCGGACGAGACUGACAUACCCGCGGAACUGCAACGGAUAUUUAUUGAGACGAUUCACGUGAAGAAUUUAAAUCAGAGCAAACGAACAGAACUAAUAUCUUGGCUGCUGGCCAGCAGGAAUCUAACGACUACCGCGAAUCUAUCAAAAGUAGCUGGGCUUUGCUCAGAUUUUAAAUUCGCAGACUUCUUAGCGUUGUUAUUACACGCAGCUAAAUUUCGGUGCAAAUUAACGUCGCGUGAUCAGAAAUGCACGUUUACCCUGGAACAAGAAGAUUUUGAUCGAGCUUACGAAUAUAUGCAAUCCGUGUACUCCGAUAGUAAAGGUGCCCCACGUGUACCGGAAGUCCACUGGGAAGACAUAGGCGGUUUGGCGGAAUUAAAACACGAGAUUAUUCGCAGGAUUCAGUUACCUUUGUUGAACGCUUUCGGAUUUGGACAAUCCGGAUUAUUAUUAUAUGGCCCGCCUGGUACCGGGAAAACUCUUCUCGCUAAAGCAGUGGCAACAGAAUAUCAGAUGCACUUUUUGUCGAUUAAAGGUCCGGAAGUGCUAAAUAUGUACGUCGGUCAGAGCGAGAAGAACGUGAGAGAAAUUUUCGAACGCGCGCGUUCCUCGGCUCCUUGCAUCAUCUUUUUCGACGAGUUGGACUCAUUGGCACCCAACCGAGGUAGAAGCGGAGACAGCGGCGGUGUAAUGGAUCGCGUGGUCUCUCAGUUACUUGCCGAGAUGGACGGCCUUGAGGAAUCCGGUGGCAUAUUCAUCAUUGGAGCCACGAACAGACCCGAUCUCAUAGAUCCCGCGCUGCUCCGACCAGGUAGAUUCGACAAGAUGCUCUACGUCGGCAUCCAUUCCGACCGCGCGUCCAAGCUCAGCGUCUUGGAGGCGCAGACACGUAAAUUUGAGUUCCGAGAGAGCGGACAAGAAUUGGAACAAGUCGUGGAUCAAUUGCCCGAAAAUAUCACUGGCGCGGACUUGUAUUCAGUCUCUUCCAACGCAUGGCUGAACGCCGUACGCGAGAUGCUUGCAAAGCAUCAAAAAACUGAGAAAUCCAAUAAGAAUUAUUCCGUUGAAGAGGAAGGCGUGAUUAAGGAUAAUGUUAUUGUAGAAUCGCGCCAUUUUUCAGAUGCUAUUCGCGACUUGGUACCCUCGGUUACUGAUGAAGAGAUAAAAAGAUAUAACAAAAUGCGGAUAGAAUUAUCAUCGUCGUAAUUUUAUAAUUGUUUUCCAAAGUACAGUACAAAAUAUAUUACUAGUUACUCUCAGAAUAUUUUGAUAUUUCAAAUAAAUUAAAUUGAUUGUCUGCGAUGACAGAUUUACACUGCGUUUAUAAUGAAUCUUGUGCCAAAGUUUUUAAUUCUUAUAGAAUAUAUUGUACAUAUUGUGUGUAUGUGCACUCACAGGUAUCGAGUUUGUCUGUGAAAAGGUACGAUCUCAACGUAAUGAAACAACGCACGAUGUUAUAAACGACAUGUUAUUUUAUUUUGAGAAGUAUGUAAAACAAUUUUUACAGCGAAUAAUUAAAACGAAGAAGGAGUCAA